GCCGGAAGAGAAGAAGGUCCUUUUCCCAGCCAUCUUGUGGCUUCAUCUAGCGAAGUGUUCGCACCAAGCCUCGUAGAAUCGGAGGAAAAUCCUGCUGAAGGGGCGCCAUCAUGCCCGGACAAAUGCAAGAAGGUUUUGGCUGUGCCAUAGCCAAUCGGUUCGACCAACUAUUUGACGACGAGUCGGAUCCGUUUGAGCUGCUGAAGCAAGCAGAGGUGAAGAAGAAGGAGGCUCCUGUUCCUGGUGCCGCCAAGACUGCAGCACAGGCUGCCAAGCAGCCCAAAAAGGAGUCCCAGAAAGACAGAAAGGUCCCCCUGGCCGAUAAGAAGGAGGAGAGCCAGGCCCCCGUCCCCCUGAAAAAAGAUGGUGCCGGUAUGAGGAGAAUGGGCCGCAAGCCGGAGGGUGAUGGCUCCAGACCACAGGGCGGCCAGGGAGAGGGGCGCCCCCCCACAGACAGGCGGCCUGCAGAGAGGCGGCCCCCACGACGCUUCGAGCGGCCUGCUGGCGAGGGUGGAGACAAGCCUGAGGGCGGCGAGUUCUCAGUAGAGAAACCCGUUGGUGACCGGCCAAUGAGAGGACGCGGCGGUGGAAGAGGAGCUCGCGGUGGUGGAAGAGGGCGCGGCAUGGGUCGCAGCGACGGCUUUGAUUCCAGAGGAAAGCGUGAAUUUGACAGACACAGCGGAAGUGACAAAUCUAGUCUGAAAGGUGAAGAGAAGCGUGGCGGAAGUGGAUCUCACAACUGGGGCACCGUCAAGGAUGAACUGAACGAGCUUGACCAGUCGAACGUCACUGAAGAGAACCCCGAGGGAGAGGAGCAUCCGCCUGCCGACUCUGAGAACAAAAGGGAGAAUGAGGCUGAAGAAGUCAAGGAGGAAGGCCCCAAGGAGAUGACUCUGGACGAAUGGAAGGCCAUGCAGGACAAGGAGCGGGCCAAGGUGGAGUUCAACAUCCGCAAGCCCAACGAGGGUGCCAAUUGGAACAACGGAUUUGUGCUGCACAAAUCCAACGCUGAGCAGGAGAAGAAAGGCGAAGUGAUCGAACCCGAGGUCGAGGAGCCCAAGGUGGAUGAUGAGCACCACUUCAGGAAGCCAGCAAACGACAUCACGUCCCAGCUGGAGAUCAACUUCGGUGAUCUUGGCCGUCCCGGCCACCGUGGACGCGGUGGGCCUCGUGGUGGCCGUGGCGGUCGUGGUCGUGGCGGCCCUCCCCCCGGUGUUGAGACCGCCAGACCGGCCCGUGGACCAAGGCCUGAAAGGUCAUCUGCGUCCGUGCCCAACGUGGACGACCCAGAGGCCUUCCCAGCCCUGGCCUAAGCCCGGCAGGUGUCCCUCAGGCCCACAGGAGCCUCUUAAGCACCUCCACUACGAGGCUUGCAUGUUCCUGGAUCCUUCAGCAAAGUGAAAUGAUGAAGACUGUCAUUAACUGUGGCACUCGACGUGAGGACUGAGUUUUACCCGAUUUAAAAACAACAACAAGAUGGAAAAAAAAAAAAAACAGAAAUUAAAAAAAAAAAAAAAAAAAAAAGAAAAGGACUUCUUGCUGCUUCGGAGCAACUUAUUGGUAGAGGUUUUGUACUUGGAAACAAAGUAGCAGGGAUGUUUUCAUACAGUAUUUUUUUCAGAGGUUAUGCAUUGUCCAUUGAUAAAUUUUUGUAAUUGCUGCUUGAAAAAAAAAAUGCAUUAGAAAACGUAAGCAUCAGGCGAGUGUGUUCAGCUCGCCGCGAGCCACCGCUUUCUCGCUUAGAAACGAGCACUGUAGGCACCAGGCCAAGCUGAACGAGCCCCGCAGCACCAGGUGUUUCUGAAGAUGUUACAGCUUCACUCAUUGAGAUUUACAGAUUUUCUUUUUUUUGCUUUAGCACUGGGGUAUUGUUUUAUAUUUUAUACAGGAGGUCUAUUCUUCUACGAUCUUCAGCCUGUAAAUCUUAACUAUUUUCUUAAAUUCCUUCAGAGACUGUAUUUCACAUGGUGCAGGUAGGACACUUUGAUCGAGGGAUGCUGCCUACAUUUGAACGCAUUGAUUGAAUAGAACCUGAAUCUGUGUUGUGGUUCUUUUGUACUGAAAUGUUCUAGAGGAGGAACAUUAGGUCAUUUUCAGGAGGAACUCGUACGUGAUUGCUCCUUAAUUUGCAUUGAUCAGGAGCCGAUUCUGAUGGUGGAUUCACGUGAAGCUGCAACAUGUUUCAUGUAUCCUGAUGAACCUGUCUUUGGGGUGCUCCACAACAUCCUCCGUCUCCUCGCUGUGCAUUUUCAUCUCCGAUCACUAGCUCAGUGCAAUUCAACGAACGCCUUUGUUUUGUACUCUGAGCAAUGCUGAGAGGAAAUGAGUUCCCACAGCGGAGAUGUGAUGCGACCGCAGUCCUCCGGGGGGCGCCCUCGGACCUUCUCUGACUGUUUACACUCCACUCGAGCCUCCAGAUGUAAACUUAAGCCCCGGCUUCAGUUUGUUUCUGCAGUCUGUUCUGUGCUCAUACUUUCCUCCACUGUUGACUCGCCCUGUAGCUCCCACAGUGGCACCACUGCAUAAUUGCUCUGAAAGAAAUACAGCUGUUCAUUGUGUGGAACAACUCGAGUGCUCUACUAAUGUGUGAAUUCCAGCCCUGCUAUUAGAGACCUCUGUCGGUAAAUAAAGGUGGUCGAUAAAU